AUAGACCCUACAACAAUAAGGCCGUUGCCAUAGCAGGUCAGUACCGCAAGAAGAAUUACCUAAACGGUUAGUGUUCUUAUUAGGGUAAAUGGGGUGAGGAAUUUUCGAUUUCGACGAAAAAUCCAGCGGAAUUGUUGCUAGUAUCAGAGAAUUAGUUCGGCAUUCGAAACAACAAAGGAGCCACUGAAGCGAAGUCAUAUUCUAACGGGACGUACGACCAACGCAUGCUCGGUCCUCAGUAUCCUAGUGAUGAUUUUGUAUCGGCGUCGAGCGUGAAUUUUAUUCCAAGUGUUGUGUCGACUUUUCUAAGUGAAUCGGUUUGAUUUGGCUGUCGUUAAUUCAUCCGCUCAACGAUGAUUCUACCCGUGAAGUUAUCCUGACUGUGACAAAGUGAUAUCAAAAGAUGGACCUUUACAUAGAUCAUGUAGGACCAGUGUGUAAAUAGUCUCCCGUAAUCAAAUCUAACUAGCUGCAUGUAGGUUACGUUGGCUCACUCAAAUUUAUUCCUUAUUUUGAAAAUAUGUAUGCGAAAGGAAAAGGAUCAUCCGUGCCGUCCGACGCACAAGCCAGGGAAAAGUUGGCUUUAUACGUUUACGAAUAUUUGCUACACGUCGGGGCACAAAAAGCGGCCCAAACGUUUCUUUCAGAGAUAAGAUGGGAGAAAAACAUAACAUUAGGAGAACCUCCAGGAUUUCUGCAUUCUUGGUGGUGUGUUUUCUGGGACUUGUACUGUGCGGCCCCCGAAAGAAGGGACACUUGCGAGCAUUCUUCAGAAGCAAAAGCUUUCCAUGAUUACGGUUUUGUAAAUUCUGGUUAUGGAGUUAAUGGAAUCGCACAUAACACAGGUCCGGCUCCAAGUCCACUGGGACAAAUGCCCCCCACUGACGGAAUGCCAGGAGGGCCCAUACCACCUGGCUUCUUCCCAAAUUCAACGUUGCGACCGUCUCCACCUACACACCCAUCGAGUCAACCAUCUCCACACUCACAACCACCACCUCCGCACUCCAACAUCAUGACGUCACAACCCUUUAUGAACCCAAGGUACCCUGGACCACGACCCGGGGUACGAAUGCCGCAAUUAGGAAGCGAUUUCAAUGGACCUCCAGGACAACCUCUGAUGCCUAACAACAUGGACCCAACAAGACAAGGUGAUGGCGGAGAAUUUGUAGGUUGGCAAGGUCCACCGGCAGCUAUAAACCGAAUGAAUCCACCUCGAGGGCCCUCUAUGGGACCUUUAGGACCAGGAACCUACGGACCAGGCAUCAGGGGUCCCCCUCCCAACAGUAGUCUGGGUCCUGGGGGUCCCAUGCCGCCGAUGACAAUGGGAGGACCCGGAGGACGACCGCAAUGGCAACCAAACACGUCAACACCUAUGAACUACUCUUCGUCAUCACCUGGAAACUACGGAGGCCCACCUGGAUCGGCAGGUCCGGCAGGUCCUGGCACGCCGAUCAUGCCGAGCCCUCAAGAUUCCAGCAACUCCGGUGGCGAGAACAUGUACACGCUGAUGAAACCCGCGGUGGGAGGCAACAUGCCCGGAGAUUUCCAGAUGGGAGGAGGGCCCGACACUGGAGGUCCCAUGGGACCGAUGGGGCCGAAUUCCAUGGGACCAGUGAUGAACGGCGACGGCAUGGACGGAAUGAAGAACUCCCCGGCCAAUGGGGGACCUGGCACGCCCAGGGAGGAUAGCGGCAGCGGAAUGGGGGACUACAACCUUGGGGGCUUUGGGGGGCCGGGAGAAAACGACCAAACGGAAUCGGCUGCUAUUUUGAAAAUAAAAGAGAGCAUGCAAGAGGAGGCCAAGAGGUUUGAGAAAGACUCGGAUCACCCUGAGUAUUUCAUGCAAUAACUUGCCUCGGCUGGCCCUUAAUAGGCUGGUGGACGUUGCCUCUUCCUUGACCUAACCUACUAACAUGGGGCGGUGGUGUGUUCAGCAAAGACAUCUUCAGGCCUCGAGACUAGUCAUCACUGAUUUGUUUGUUUCCAGAUAUUCCUGUGAUUCUCAACUGACAGAGCCUUGUUUGUCAGCCGGCCGGCCACAGGACACACGCACGUCUCAAGUUCCUUCUUCGUCCCGAUUUUCUCGCAUUUGUCCACCAGCCUAGGCAGGGUUGGACGACCGCCCAGAACCUGUCAUGGCGCCCCAGCUGUCACGUGUCUAUUGUACUCCCACUACACUCAUUAUAGGCUGUAUACAGGGUGCUACAAAUUCGAGGUACGAGCAUUGGUAUCUCGGUAACCGUCAUAGAUAUGAACACGGUUGAAUUGGGGCAAAGUUCCGCCUUGGGAUGUUCACCAAGUUGCCAUUAAAAAAGUUUUAAAAACUUCAAGGUUUGCUGAGUUUUUUGGUUUUUGAAAAUGAAUUUUAUUUUUUCCUGUCGUUACUCU